UAUUAAUUAAACAAUUUUAAAGUUUACUCAUUGAGUGUUUAACAAGCUUAAAAAUUAUGGCAAAAUCUCUCAUUUUUUUAGUAUUAUUUGCUUUGUGCUCAACCAUAACUGCUGCACCGGCUGAUUUCGAGCGUGAUGGUAUUCAACACAUUUAUUCCCUUGGCUUUGAAAUCGGAGAAAUGGAUUCCCAAGUCGGUCCAUUUCCUUUAUCCAUUUCGCCGUGUAAACAAGUUAACAAAUAUCAAUGGGUUUGUGAUAGUGCAUAUGAGCUGAACAAAAACAUGAUCUUUGAAAGCUAUUCAAUACACAACUAUACGUUCAAAACGGUUAUGCCAUUCAGUCAAGUUGAUACCAUUUUCUUAAAUUGGCAUGACAUGAGUCAGAUCUAUGGACAUGUUGCCGAUAUCAACUUCCAGACUGCUUAUUUGACUGAAACUACUCCAAAACAACCACAUAUUACCAAGAAAUAUUGUGCAGAUGAUGAGUAUCCACGAAGCCUUGCUGGUAGUCAAGCUGGUCGAAGCCUUUCGCUGUGUUAAUCGUUAAAAACAAUCCACUUGAUUUUAAACUGUAGUGCUGCUGGAAUAGCAAGACUACAAGUUGAAUUCAUAAACA